CAGACAACCAUGCAAUUGCCGCCCACCACCUCGUGAGCCUGUUUUUGACGAUCUGAGGCCUCCACGGGCAACCAUGCUAUGUAUCGCGCCCACGGCGUCGCACGCAUCCCCCGCACGCGCGAUCAAUCCCUCUCUCCUCGUCCUCCUACUUUUACGGAGCGUGGGCUCUCUACGCGUACUCGGCUAAAUAUUUGGCGUUUUCUGGAGCUGGGCUGGCAUCCUUUGGCUAUAUUAGAUCGAGAGGGUUGCUCUGAGAGGGCCGUGUAUAAUAUACAGUCAAAUAUCCGCGCACACCGCAGCCUUCGAGUUCCUCUUAAGGGCAAGCUUGGAGCGCCUAACGAGAUCGUCCACCGGCUUGCCCUUGAGCGAGGCGUGCACGUCCAUAGGGCUACUGUAUCUCGAUUUCUUCACAAGAUGAGCUGGUCAAGACGGACUCUGCGGCCUAUCUCCAUCGACCGGGGUGAGGAGCUUCGAGAAUCCUAUCGUAGAGAUGAGACGAUACGCGCAGGAGGAUCUGGCGGCUGGAGACACCGCGCUUAUGCCCCAGUUGGCCAUGAAGCUCGAUAUAUGGCGGAUAUUAAGAGAAGCUCUACGUGGGCGAUACUUCAUGCGUAUACUAUUAACGGCUAUCUGCCGUGUAUGGGCAUCAAAGAAGGUUACUUCUCUAGGGAGCAGUUUAUUGAUUGGAUUGAGAACUCCCUGCUUCCAACGCUAAAUCGCAUUUACGGCAAUCGCCCAAUGGUUAUUGUCCUUGACAACGUCGCUAUCCACACUAAUGAGGUGAUUGAAGCCGCCGGCGAUAUUGUGCGAUACCUGCCUCCAUACUUACUAGAUUAUAACCUAAUCGAGCUUACGUUUUCGGUUUUGAAGGCCUGGAUACGACGGACUGUAGAUUUUGGAGGGUUCUUGAGGGCGGCCAUUCAAGAGAGUAAGUGUGAUCGCUUUGCAAGGAGGCACUUUAAGUACGCGGCAGGCGGGCUAUAUAUUGAGUAG